AUAUGGAUCCAGGUGGUGGAAGUCUUGGAUUGCAAACACAAGAAUCCAAAAUGCCUCACACUAUGAUUAUGCAGGAUUUUGUGGCUGGAAUGGCUGGCACUGCUCAUAUUGAUGGAGACCAUAUUGUUGUAUCAGUCCCCGAAGCUGUCCUAGUUUCUGAUGUUGUUACCGAUGAUGGAAUAACUCUUGAUCAUGGCUUAGCAGCUGAAGUUGUCCAAGGACCUGACAUCAUCACUGAAACUGAUGUUGUAACAGAAGGUGUAAUUGUUCCCGAUUCUGUUUUGGAAGCUGAUGUUGCUAUCGAAGAAGCUUUAGAUACCAGUGAUCAUGUUUUGACUUCUGAUCUAAUAACAGAAACCGUUAGAGUUCCCGAUCAGGUUUUUGUGGCUGACCUUGUUACGGGUCCUGAUGGACAUUUGGAGCACGUGGUGCAAGACUCUGUGUCAGGAGCCAACUCGCCUACAAUGGUUUCAGAAGAAGUUCUUGUAACAAACUCCGAUUCUGAAGCAGUCAUUCAAGCAGCUGGUACUGUUCCGGGCUCCACAGUGACUAUAAAAACAGAAGAUGAUGAUGAUGGCAAGAGUACAUCUGAAGACUACUUAAUGAUAUCUUGUAAGUUAAACAAAGGUAGAUAUGAACAGGAAAUUAUCUGAAGUAGAAGUGGUCUAGUGGGGAUAGCUGGACUCUUGCUGCAUUCUGUACUGGAACACAAAUCUCAAAUAAUAGUCUGUUGCCCAGUUAAUUCGUGGUGUCUGGAUUUGGGUUUUCUUGAUGAAAAAUCCAUUAUCACCGAUACAGCAAGAAAGAGAAUGACGUUCAUGCUGUUGAGUGAGUGAGUGUGUAUGUUUGUGUUUCUGAAA